GAGAGGAGGGAGGGCGCCGGAGGGAGAGGCGACCCGGGCGGGAGUCGUUGUGGGCCGCGGGCCGGACCGGGGCUGGGGCUGCGGGAGCCCGGGCCGGGCGGAAGUCUCGGCGGGCCGUUGGGAGGUCGCCGAGGCUGUUCGGUGCCCUCCCCGGCCGGACUGGCGCUCCUGGGCGCCCGGAGCCUCCGGCACCGUGCCCACCCCGCUCCCGCUCGCGUCUCCAGACUCCAAUUAGGUCAGGCUCGGAGUCCCGCGGCCGCCGCUCCGGCCCGCGACGCGCGGCGGCCGCUCGGCUCGCCUUUCUUCUUGCCCAGCCUUGCUCUCGGCCUCCCCCUCCCCCUUCUCCCCCCGUUCCUGGGUUUUGUUUUGUUUUCUGCUGUAGGGGUUUUCGUGUCAGCCCGAGCUCAUGGGUGUACAUUAUCAUGCUCCUCUUUUGUAGAGCACCCCGACGGCCAUGGAGGCUGAAGAAACGAUGGAAUGCCUUCAGGAGUUUCCUGAACAUCAUAAAAUGAUCUUGGACCGGUUGAAUGAACAACGGGAGCAGGACCGGUUCACGGACAUCACCCUGAUUGUCGACGGACACCAUUUUAAGGCCCACAAGGCUGUUUUGGCUGCCUGCAGUAAGUUCUUCUACAAAUUUUUUCAGGAGUUUACUCAAGAACCUUUGGUUGAAAUAGAAGGUGUUAGUAAAAUGGCUUUUCGUCACUUAAUUGAGUUCACAUAUACAGCAAAACUAAUGAUACAAGGAGAAGAAGAAGCCAAUGAUGUGUGGAAAGCAGCAGAGUUUCUACAAAUGCUGGAAGCUAUUAAAGCCCUUGAAGUCCGGAACAAAGAAAACUCAGCUCCAUUAGAGGAAAAUACUACAGGAAAAAAUGAGGCAAAAAAAAGAAAGAUUGCUGAAACGUCCAAUGUUAUCACUGAAUCGUUGCCAUCUGCAGAAUCAGAGCCUGUGGAAAUUGAGGUGGAGAUUGCUGAAGGCACAAUUGAAGUAGAGGAUGAAAGCAUGGAGACUUUGGAGGAGGUUUCUUCUGCUAAGCAGUCUAUAAAGUACAUACAGAGCACAGGCUCCUCAGAUGAGUCCGCACUAGCACUCCUGGCAGAUAUCACCAGCAAGUACCGCCAAGGUGAAAGCAAAGAACAGAUUAGUGAAGAUGACUGUGCAUCUGACCCCAUAAGCAAACAGGAACACAUGAAAUCACACUCCACUGAGAGUUUCAAGUGUGACAUAUGCAAUAAAAGGUAUCUUCGAGAGAGCGCAUGGAAACAGCACCUAAACUGUUACCACCUUGAAGAAGGUGGGGUGAGUAAGAAGCAAAGAACUGGGAAAAAGAUUCACAUUUGCCAGUACUGUGACAAACAGUUUGACCACUUUGGACACUUUAAAGAACACCUUCGAAAACAUACAGGUGAAAAACCAUUUGAAUGUUCAAAUUGUCAUGAGCGGUUUGCUAGAAACAGCACUCUUAAAUGUCACCUCACUGCAUGUCAAACUGGAAUAGGAGCAAAAAAGGGAAGGAAGAAGCUUUACGAAUGUCAGGUUUGUAACAGUGUGUUUAACAGUUGGGACCAGUUCAAAGAUCACUUGGUAAUACACACCGGAGAUAAACCCAACCAUUGUACUCUGUGUGACUUGUGGUUUAUGCAAGGAAAUGAAUUAAGGAGGCAUCUUAGUGAUGCUCACAAUAUUUCAGAGCGUAUAGUAACUGAAGAGGUGCUUUCAGUAGAAACACGUGUACAAACUGAACCAGUGACAUCAAUGACUAUCAUAGAACAAGUUGGAAAGGUGCACGUGUUACCACUGCUGCAGGUCCAGGUGGAUUCAGCACAAGUCACUGUGGAACAAGUCCAUCCAGAUCUGCUGCAGGAUGGCCAGGUGCAUGACUCACACAUGAGUGAGCUCCCAGAGCAGGUGCAAGUGAGUUAUCUGGAAGUGGGUCGCAUUCAGACUGAAGAAGGUACUGAAGUGCAUGUGGAGGAGCUGCAUGUUGAACGGGUUAAUCAGAUGCCAGUUGAAGUACAAACUGAGCUUCUAGAAGCUGACUUGGAUCACAUGACCCCUGAAAUCAUGAGCCAAGAGGAGAGCGAGCCUAGCCAUGCAGAUGCUGCUGAGGCUGCCAUGGAAGAUCAUGAAAAUGCUGAGGGGUUAGAGACUAAACCAAGAGAAUAUCCCCAAGCUGGAAAAGCAGAGAAUGACAGAACAUCUAUGCCAGUUUUAGAAUGAAAUAACAAUUACAUUUUUAAAUUUACAUUUGGGGUAAACUGAUGGGCAGUGUGACCUUAAGCUAGCAGAUAAGUGGACCAAAGUUAAACUAUUUUCUGUUGUGCUGAACUGUUUCUAUGGAAACAGACUGAUGUCCUUCCUUCCAGUUAAUGCCACAGAAUGGGAAUAUUUCUCAUAAUGAGUGGGAGCUUUGAGAAGUAUAUUUCUGGUAACUUAAAUGAAUUAUAUUCUUAUUAUAUAGUUGGGUACGAAUGCAUCUAUUUUCAUUGUGGUAAGGGUCUCCUUAUUCUCUUCCCCAGGUCAUGUCCUUAAUUCCUUCCAUAUUAUAAAAUCAUACAUAAAACCAUUAGAAUACAUGUCUUUGUAUUCUAAUGCAUGUUAGGAAAUUGAGUCUGUAGGCAACACAAAGCUGCAUGAGGGAAGUGCAUUGUUACUGUGCAGUAAACAUUGGGAUCUGGCUGGCUUUAUUUUGAACAACAUUCUUGUCUAUCCAGUAGUUACAAAUGCUGUCUCCAAAAUAGAAAUGGUGGUGGCAGAAUUUCUAGAAUGUUAAAGAAA